GCGCUCUCCCGCGUCACAGCGCCGGGCGGCGGCGGGGAGAUGCGGCUGCUGGCGCUGGCGGCGGCCGCGCUGCUGGCGCAGGCUCCGGCCCCGGAGGUCUGUGCAGCCCUCAAUGUCACUGUGUCCCCGGGGCCCGUGGUUGACUACCUGGAGGGGGAGAAUGCCACUCUCCUCUGCCACGUCUCCCAGAAGAGGCGGAAGGACAGCUUGCUGGCUGUGCGCUGGUUCUUUGCACGCUCCUCCAACUCCCAGGAGGUCUUGAUGGUGAAGAUGACCAAGCUCCGGGUGGUGCAGUACUACGGGAAUUUCAGCCGCAGUGCCAACCGGCAGAGGCUGCGCCUGCUGGAGGAGCAGCGCGGGGUGCUCUACAGGCUCUCUGUGUUGACGCUGCAGCCCUCGGACCAAGGGAAUUAUGUCUGCAAAGUCCAGGAAAUCAGCAAGCACAGGAACAAGUGGACGGCCUGGUCCAAUGGCUCCUCAGCCACGGAAAUGAGAGUCAUUUCCCUGAAAGCUUCUGAAGAGUCAUCCUUUGAGAAAAAAAAAGAGACUUGGGCAUUUUUUGAAGAUCUCUACGUGUAUGCUGUCCUCGUGUGCUGUGUGGGGAUCCUCAGCAUUCUGCUCUUCAUGCUGGUCAUUGUCUGGCAGUCUGUGUUUAACAAGCGGAAAUCCAGAGUGAGACAUUAUUUGGUGAAAUGCCCUCAGAACAGCUCAGGGGAGACUGUCACUAGUGUGACCAGCUUGGCCCCACUACAGCCCAAGAAGGGCAAGAGGCAGAAGGAGAAGCCUGACGUUCCUCCUGCAGUCCCUGCCAAAGCUCCGAUAGCCCCCACGUUCCAUAAACCAAAGCUGCUGAAACCACAGAGAAAAGUCACCCUGCCAAAGAUUGCUGAGGAAAACUUAACCUAUGCUGAGCUGGAGCUGAUCAAACCCCACCAGGCUGCCAAAGGCGCCCCCACCAGCACUGUCUACGCUCAGAUUCUCUUUGAGGAGAACAAACUGUAGCAUCGCAUCCUCCUCUGAGGUUCUGUUUAAUACCUGCCGCCCAGUUAUUUAUGAAGCCUUGGAGACAAAGCCCUUAUUUCUGUAUUUUCACUCGUGCCUUCUGAGUGGUGGGGAGCCCCUUUUCAGUGGCAUUCUGGGUGCCUUCAAAUAGGUACAAGACUGCUCUCCCGCAAAGAAUAGGGGCCACAGCCCUUGGACAGAUCUCCCAGGACAAGAUGUGCCUGGGCCGGAGCCCUGAGCAUAAGGACUCUGAUUCUGAGACCAGCCAAGGAGAUUUUCUGCUGAGCCAAACCCCAUCCCAUUUCCCUCCUCUUCCCCCAGGUUUUCUUUAAAAUCAUUUUUUAAAUCUUAAUUUUAGUCUCUACUCUUCCUGUAUCCAUGAUACAAGCUCAUAGUAUAUAGUUAGAGGAAACACCAUUAUGGACCCAACUGUAAAAUGGCCCAUAUGUUGGUUUUCCAAGGAUCAGAUGGCAUUGCAGUUUGCUGAUCAUUUCAAUCAGCAAACUGCUGAUUGCCAGCACCGCCUGAGAUGGCAUCUCUUGUUUUAAAUAGAUGCACUGACCGUGGGGAUUCAUUCCAGAGGGACAGACUGACUAGAAGUAUAAGGUCUGUCUCUGAAUGCCAUGGUGCCCACCUGAGACCCUGAGGCCACAGGACAAGAAGAACACCAUUCUAGAGGGCUUCCAUCCCUUCCGCAGGGUGGACCUGUACUGACAGAGAAACAGACUCUCUAAGAAGUGCUUACUCACCCUUUUCUAAAGGAGCAGAGGUGCUGGCCAUCGUAGACGAACUGGAGCAUGUGGGCCUCUUCACUGUGUGCCAAGCUCAGCCACCUCUGAGUCAGAACCCACUCCUGUGAGAGGAUGUCUGCUGCCAGGUGCCCUCAGGGUAGGAGAGUGGGAGAUACACGCCGAGCUGGAAAGUGUGUUCCGAAGACCCUCCUCUUGCCAAGUGCCUUGCCCAUCACAACCUUGUGUGUAAAUUCUAAUGGGUUUGAAUGGGGGUCAGGGGUGCAUGGGGAAGUUGCUCUGUGGACCUGUGGGACACCCAGGAAUCUUGGACUCACUGGCGGGGGACCCAUUCUGGAAGCACCAUCCCGUCAACUGCAUUGCUGAGGACAUUUCUUAAUGUGUGAUUGCACUCUGGGUGGCCAUUUACUGCACACUAUAGAAAUUGUUUGAUUAUGUAGUGGACCAUGUAUAUAUGAUAAAUUAUCUAUUUUAAACACAGCUGGGGUAUGAGUUGUGCUCUCUGUAUAGCCGUGUGACCUUAGCUGACUUUCUUAUCCCCUAAUGGCCUCAGACUCCAUGUUUGUGUAAAGAUGACUUAACUUUCCAUAGAAUUCUUGAGAGUAAAAUGGGAUAAUGAAUCUUGCCAGGUUCUAGAAACUGUAAAUUGCUACACAAAUGCUCUGUGUUGACAUUCAUGCUAAAACCAGUCUGCAUUUUCAAAAUGAACAUUUCUUCACUAUUAAGGCUUUCAUUGCAAUAACUGUAAAAAGCAAAUACUUGUUCACCAACUUAGCCCUACAGUAAUGUUUCCAAAGACUCAUGAGAGCUUAUGGUUUAUUGGAAAGGGUCCAAAUUGGAAGCAGAUAUUGAUUUUCUGGGAGCAAACUUGUCUGCCUUUACAAAGUGGAAAUUCACCCUCUCUGAAUGACACCUGUGUCUCAUUCCUCCCUCUCUGCUAGAUCUCAAAGGCAGUAAAUAACCCAUGCAGCUUUUGAGGAAGAAAGACCCA